AUGUUUGCACAGCCAAGGAUACGAAAGACCGCACCGCCGCCGCCAAAAAAGAGAAAGACGGUCCAUGCGAUCGAAGAGAUUACCUUCGACCGAGACGCCCGGACCGAAUACCUUACCGGAUUUCACAAGCGCAAGCAGGCGCGCAUCAAGCAUGCGCAGGAGGUAGCCGAGCAGAAGGCCAAGGAGGAGAGAAUUGAACUCAGGAAACAGAUUAGGGAAGACCGAAAGCAAGCCGUAGAAGACCACGUGCAAGCGAUCAAUAAAAUCCUCCGCGAAGCCGAGCACGCGGGCACAGCGGACCAGAAUGAGAACGGUUCUGAAGAGGAAUGGGGUGGUCUAUCUGACAACGAUGUAAUUGAAGCACCGAUUGACCUGGAGGAGGAGUACAUAGAUGAGGACAAGUACACAACGGUCACCGUCGAAGCGGUUAGUGUUGACAGAGAUGGUUUCCACAAACCGACACUCGAAAAGUCAGAGGAUGAAGAGGACUCGCAGAACGAACAUGGCCCCCCGAACCAAGAAGAGAAAAAGGGUCCCACUAAGACGCCAAAAGAACGGGCCAACAAGAAGCCGAAGUUCCGGUACGAGAACAAGUUCGAUAGAGAUGUCGAAAACAAACGGCAGAGGGCGAAAAGGAGAAAAAAGCAGACUGGGCCGAUAGCGUAUUAA